AUGAGUCUGAAGAGCAGAGAGGAAGCUGGUGCAGUGCUCCAGGUUAGAGAUGGCGGAGACCUGGGAGAAGGUUUUGGUGUUGAUGGAGACGGACUGAGGAAGAAGAGCUGGCAGGAGCGAGCCAAGGCUUGGAGGGGUAACCAGGACAGGCGAAGCAGCCAGGAAGAGGCUCAUGGCAACUGGAAAGUUACCACGCAAGGGGCUACUACAUUUGUGGUCAUCUGUUACAGCAGCAACAGGAAACUAACAGACAUUCAACUCAGAGGUGAGGGCAAAGAUGAGGAGGUUUUGAGGCAGACCCAGACUCCAUUUCCUGAGAUAUCACCAGCCCAGCAGAAGCAAAGGUCAGAGUCCCAGGUCUCCAGACACUCCAGCCAAAAUGCCCCGCACCCCUCGCCCCCCGCGGUCAGGCAGGCGGCGCCGGGGCCCGGGACCGCGCGCGGAGAGUCCAACCUGGAAGCCCGGCAGGCCUCGGGAGCAGGAGUGGGCGCAGGCCCGGGGUGGGGGGGAAAGAGAUAUGGGGGGAGCCGGGAGGGGGGGCGAGGGGGGCAGCCACAGCCUGCAGAGGAUCGCGGAAGAUGGAGUGGCACUCCUAGACCCGCGUGUCGCGUGUCCAGGCGGCCGGGCGUGAAGGGCCAGGUGCCGAGCCCUCCCUCAGACUCGGCGGCCAAGGCGUUGGCGCUGCCCUCCCAGAGCGGGGCGCCCUCGCACCCCACCCCGCCCCAGCCGCGCAGCCCAGAGUCCUGCACUUUCCUGGAGCUCACCGGCGGCUCCCCCUUCGUCAGCGACCCGGGCCUGGCCGGGGCGGAGCUGCGGCCUCCGGGGGCGGGCUCCCUUCCCCGCCGACUGCCGCCAGCACCCGACGAGGGACCGCCCCCGCGCCCGCCGACAGCCCCGCCGCGCUUUAAAAGGCUGCCCCGCGGCGAGUGGAGGCGCGGAGACCAGUGCGCCCCAGCCCCGGCAGCCCGCCGAGCAGUGUCAUGGCGGGUAAGUGCCCCCUUCCCCACCCGCGCCCCCAGCGCGGCGUCGGGGGCCCUCGGCCCCCAAUUCCCCCCGCCCCCCCUGCCCCGGUGGGGCGCCGCCCGCACCUGCCUGUGGCUCCUAGCGCGGGAAGAGGUGGAGAGGGAGGCCUGCCCCUCGAGGACCUUUGGGGGUCAGGAAGAGCAGGUGGCCCUGGUAAUCGGGGGCCUCGCUGGGGGGCUGCUGCUGCUACUGCUAUUGAUCUGGGUGAGCUGCUGUCUCUGGAAGAGGCUUUGUGCCAUAUUCACCUAUGAGGAGCUGUCAGGGACCACAGCUGCGUCCAGCACACAAGAGGACAAGCCCUGCCCGCCAUAUGCCACCAGGACCCAGACAAGCAGGCCACCAGGUGUGCCAUUUGUGGUGCCCCCUUCCUUCCAAGACCGAGACUGGGUACCCCUGAACAGUGGAGAGUGGGCUCAGGUCCCACGGGACCCCUGCCCAGCCCCGGAGCUCCUGCCCCACACCUCCAGCAGCAACCUUGGUGAACCACCCCGCCCCUGUGUCGUUGGAAAUACAGGCAUAGUGGGGACCAUCAACCCAGAGCUAUACAAGUUCUUAGACGACACGAGUGAGACGGACUUCCCUGAGGGUUGCCUGGGGCGGCUGUGGUUCUCCUUGGAAUACCAGCAGGAAGCCGAGCGGCUGUUGGUGGGCUUGAUCAAGGCGCGGAGGCUGCAAGGCCCCUCAGAGACCUGCAGCCCUCUGGUGAAGCUUCAUCUGCUGCCCGACGAGCGGCGCUUCCUCCAGUCCAAGACCAAACGCAAGACCUCCAACCCGCAGUUUGAUGAGCACUUCAUCUUCCAGGUGUCCAGCAAGAGCAUCACUCAAAGGGUACUCAGGUUCUCCGUGUACCACGUGGACAGACAGAGGAAGCACCAGCUCCUGGGCCAGGUGUUCUUCCCCCUGAAAAACGAGACCCUGGCAGGUGACUGCCGGCGUCUCAUCUGGAGAGACCUGGAGGCUGAGAGCCUGGAGCCUCCCUCUGAGUUUGGAGACCUGCAGUUCUGCCUCGGCUACAACGACUGCCUGCGCCGCCUGACUGUGGUCGUGCUGCGAGCCAAGGGCCUCCAGCUCCAGGAGGACACGAGUUUUGUCAGUGUGUGUGUCAAAGUGUCUCUGAUGAACCACAACAAGUUUGUCAAGUGCAAGAAGACUUCGGCUGUCCUGGGCUCCGCCAACCCCGUGUACAGCGAGACUUUCAGCUUCAAGGCCGACCCCGCUGAGCUGGACACUGCCAGCCUCAGCCUGACCGUGCUGCAGGGCACCGAAGGAGAGAAGAGCCACGCGCUGGGCCGGGUGGUGGUGGGCCCCUACAUGUAUGCCCGGGGCAAGCAGCUGGAGCACUGGAACGAGAUGUUCAGCAAGCCCAAGGAGCUGGUGAAGCGCUGGCAUGCCCUCUGUCGCACCACUGAGCCCUGACCCGGCUCGCGCCCUCGGGUCUGCGGGGGGAGCCUGCUCUCCUCUCCCCUGUGGCAGCCACAGGCCUGGAUGCUCCAGCCAGCAUCUUGCUGGGCUGCCAGGCCGGCCGGAGCCAGGGGACUGUGAGUGCCGCCACGCAGGAGAGAAGGGACGAGGGAGCCCCGGCCAGCUAGGCAGCGUGGCUGGCUGCCACCCGCCAGCCUCAGGUACCCUCCCGACUCACUCCAUCCUCCUCUCCCCGUGGGGCUACCUGGGCUCUGAAUCCCAGGCACCACAGUCCCGAUUUGGACCGGAAUCUCAGGCAUUCAGAAGAAAUACUCUAUUCAGGGAUAGCAGAGCUCUGUGUGCUCACUGGAAACUUAGGCUCCACCAUCCCAGAAAGCUGAUGGCAUGUUGAUGCUAAACCUAUAUGGGCUCUGGUUUCCCUGCCUUCCGCUUAGCAGAGAACACAGACUGCGCUGGGGGAAUAAUGGGGUGCCGGGGGCGCCCAAAGCACUGAUUUCAGUUGGUCCACAAUAAAUAGCACAGUCUGAGAGUUGGGUUGGGCAGUUCGGUGUGGAACAGCCCCAGGAUUCCUGGGCAGCACGGCGUGCCCACAGCUCAGGAGAGAAAGCUCUCAGGGAUCAAGACUCGCUGGCUUUAGGACCUGGGAAAUAACACUGGGAACAGCCCACCCAGGUACCAAGUGGUGGACGUGUUCUCGGCGCCCUGUCCCUGUGCCAGGGAGGAGGACUUCACCUGUGUUAGGUCCCUCCCAGGGCUGGGUCAGACCCUGGCCCACAUCAUGCCACAUCUUGCCCAGAAUCCAAGCCUCACGCCCCUGGUCUUACAGGUGUUCUAGUGGCUUCUGUGGUCUCCCUGGUUGACAGCAUUCAGCUCCUUGGGGCUCUCACUUUAGGCAGGAAAUGGUGAAAGCAUGCGGUCAAAAGCGUAGCCCGCAGGGCUGAGAGCUUUUCCCAUAAACCUAAGUGAUUUCAUUAUGGGGACUGUGUUGUGGCAGGUGUCCAUGUGAAGUUCAUUAAAAUGGAAGUCCCCACAAACCACAGUCAUCCGAUCCCCGUGAAGUUGUACUCAAGGUAAUGAGCAGCCAUCGCGUCUGUCUCUGUUAACAGGCAACCUGCAUUUUCACCCAAAUGCUGUUGAACUUGCGGGGUCAACACACCUUAUUGUGAAAAUGGAACAGACUUUAAACUCGUGUUGUCUCUUUUCUUAUGCAGUGAAGCAACUUCGCCAAAAGAAAGUAGCCAUCAUUAUUCUCCGUUUGUGCCUCUUUAACUUCGCUUCCGAUCUGAUCUCUGUCAAUGCACAAAGACUCACUUUACCUGGCAGUGGUCCAAACAGAAUAUCUUGUUUACUUUUUCUCAUUUAUUGUACACACACAUUCCAACAAAGCCCACACUCCAGUAGUUUCUUUGUUUUUAGUUUUUUUUUUACGUUUUAUUUUAUUUUUGAGACAGUACAAGCGGGGGAGGCUCAGAGAGAGGGGGACAAAGGAUCUGAAGUGGGCUCUACAUUGACUGCAGGACUGCAGCAAGCCUGAUGUGGGGCUGGAACUCAGGAACUGCGAGAUCAUGGCCUGAGCCGAAGUUAGAUGCUCAACCAACUGAGCCACCCAGGCGCCCCUCCAGUAAUUUCUAAUAACAUCAUAGCACACACGUGAUAGGGGUUCUCUAUAUGUUUGGAUAGCAGGCUACUAAACUGGGACUAUUUCCAUUUCACCUGGGGUCCUGAGACAAGAGGUGCCAGCCACCCUACCUUUCAAGGUGACGUUCACGCCUAUCAGUGGCCUUUCCGGGCCACUUGGAAAAGUUGUUAAGUAUCCCCUUUGCAGGACAGAGUGAACUGGUGCAACUGACUCACAACUGAACAUUCUCAAUGGCAAGAGAUUGACAGGUUCUCUGGUCUGAUGGGGAAGAAGAAGGGAUUGCUGUAUUGGGCUGGAAUGUCUACAGACAUGGUCAGGGCAAAAAACACACAAGUGCUUCCAUUGGAUGAGCGAGAGGUGACCUGAGUUGUCUCAAUCCUGUCCUCCAGGUGAUCCCUGCAGAAUGAAGAAGGCCUUUGCAUUUCCACAAAGCAUUGUAGAAUCAGCUUGUCAGUUUCCACACCAAAGAAAUGCUAGAGUUUGACUGAUUUCCAUGGAGUAUACAGACCAGUUGGGGGCCAUUUUUUAUCCCUACAAUACUGAAUCUUCAAUCCAUUAACAUGGUAUAUCCCUCCAUUUCUUUUGGUCUUUUGCAAGUUUUCUUAAAACCAUUUUGUGGUUUUCAGAAAAGUAUUUUUGUGCAUCUUUCACUAGAUUCUUAGAUGUUUUAUAUUUAUGUUUGCUGGUAUGUAGAGAUUCUAUUAACUUUAGUAUGUGGACUGUUUCUAUUGAGUGGUCUUACUAAAAUAACUUAAAUUGUAAUACUUGGUAGAUUCUUUGUAUUUUCUUUGCAUAUAGCUAUGACCUCUGCAAACGACAGUUGUGUUUCUUCCUUCACAAUCGUUAUGGCUUCUUUAUCUCGUCAAACUGCAGUGGUUGGGCAACUGGGCAAGAAAAAGAAACAAAACCAACCAGAUUGUAAAGGAAGAAGCAAAACUAUAUUUGCAGAUGACAUGGUCUUGUCUAUAGGGAAUGCUAAGGAAUUGUCAAAAACUGUUAGAGCUAAUAAACGAGCUCAGCAAGGUUACAGGGUACAAGAUGGAAACCCAAAUUGCACUGGCUAAGACCUCCAGAGAGUGCUGGCUGCCAGUGGGGAGAGCAUGCAGGUAGCCUUCUUAGUCUUAGGGGGGAAGCUUUCAAUAUUCACUACUAUGUGGAAUAUUUGCUAUUGGACCUUUAACCUACUCAUGAUUAUGUGUUCUCAAUUUGUUAAGUUUUUUUAUGGGGCAUCUGAGUGGCUCAGUCGGUUAAUCAUCUGACUCUUGAUCUUGGCUCAGGUCAUGAUCUCAUGGUUCAUGGGAUUGAGCCCUUGUCAGGCUGUGUGCACUGAGCUUGGAGCCUGCUUAGGAUUCUCUCUCUCCCUUUGCUCCUCCCCCGUGAUCUCUCUCUCAAAAUAAAUAAAUAAAUAAAAAUGUUUUUAAGUUUUUUUAUCAUAGCAUUGUUUUAUCAAAUACUUUCUCUGCAUCUUUUCAGUUAAUCAUAUUUUUCUCCUUUUUUUUAAUGUGAUGAAUUGUACUGAUUUCUGAAUGUCAAACCAGGGGCACCUCGGUGGCUCAGCUGGUAAAGCAACCAACUUCAGCUCAUGUCACAAUCUCGUGGUCCAUGAGUUUGAGCCCCAAGUCAGGCUCUGUAAUGAUAGCUCAGAGCCUGGAGCUUGCUUCAGAUUCUGUGUCUCCCUCUCUUUCUCUCUCUCUGCCCCUCCCCUCCUUGCACGCUGUCUUUCUCUCUCUCUCUCUCAAAAAUAAACAUUAAAAAAAAUUGAAUUUCAAACCAAACUUACAUUCUUGUACUGGAAGCCAGUGGUGUUUGUGUUCCUUUGUCUGUCUGUAUGUCUGUGUGGACACACACACACACACACACACACACAGUAGUACUUGGACUUAUUUCUUUAAAAUCUAGAUUUAUUUGCUAUUAUGUUUUUAAUUACUUUUUAAUAUCCUUACAUACCAACAUCAUUUUUUAAAUUAUUUUUGUUAGGACUUUACAUUUUUAGAGCAGUUUUAGGUUCACAGCAAAAUUGAGGGGAAAAUACAGAGAUUUUUUUCAUACACAUCCAGAGCCUCCUCCCAUUAUCACCAUCCCUCACUAGAGUGGUACCUUUGUUACAACUGAUGAACCUAUAUUGAUACAUCAUAAUCACCUAAGAAACACAGUUCACAUCACAGUUUACUCUUCAUGAUGCACAUUCUAUGGGUAUGGACAAAUGUCUGGUGACAUGUUAUUACAUUUUUAAGUGUUCUUGCAGUUAUGUUCAUAAGAGAUUUUUCUGUAAUUUUUUUUUAUUGUAAUGUCCUCGCCCUUGAAACAAAUCUGUAUUUUGUGUGAGCAGGUGUCCUGUGUUAUUCUUAGGUCAAGUUUAUGAAUCAGAUUGGUCAAAUCAUCUAUUUUUAC